UAAUUUGUUAAUUAGACAGAUCACUGACACAACACAUGUAGCAGGCUUACAUGCCUAUACACGUUAAUUAAGUAACAUCUUAUUACGCGACUUACGUGUAUUACGUGGUGAGAAGGGGUAAUUUAGAAUUUUGUACAUCGGAGCGGGUAAUCACUUGAAGUGAACGGCCCUUAUCAACAUAUUAUUCAAGGUGAACAGGAAAGUACCGUUAUUUCUGGAUUUAUUUUCAAAUGUAUACCGAUUUGUUUAGAGUUGAAUUUUGCAUUAUCUUGCGCCUUCGCCGGCGGACACUGCUUUUGGCGCCUGCGCCGCCCCAUAGUCCUUUUCUUUCCACCGGCGACCUACAGCCAACGCCUAGCCGCAUAUUUGCCGACGUCACAAAGGUAUCUGGAAUACGCCUACGAAAUUGAUUGGUAUAUAAGCUGAAGUUUAGAGGGUAAGAACAACAGUUGCUCUCUGAUUAGAAAUCAACACACACCACAAUGUACAAGCUCUUGGUGUUGUCUUCCGUGCUUGCCCUCGUGGCUGCUAAACCCAGUGGACUUGGCCUGGCGGGCUUGGGAUAUGGUGCUCCCUGGGGAGCUGCAGCGUGGGGUCUCGGCGCGCACCUGGCCGCGCCUGUCGCUCCUCUAGCUGCGCCCGUGCUUGCUGCGCCCCUCGCUCCCGCCGUCGGUGUUGCCGGACCCACCGUGGUCGCAGCUCCUCUGGGUGGUGCCGCCUACAACUACAGGGGACCCGUGUCCCUGGCUCCUGGCCAGCCUGCCAGCAUCUUGGCUGCUGAUGGCAGGCCUUUGGACACCCUCAGUGUGAACGCGGACCGUGCUGUGCACUACACCGCCAGGGCUGUUGACCACGCUACUCAGGCUCACGGCCACCUCAUCGGCAAGCGCUCCGCCCCACUGCUGGCUCCCGCGGCGUGGUCCCAUGCCGCCCGCAUCGACUACCCCGCUGCGCUUGCGCCGGCCGCGCUCGCCCUCCCCGCCGCCGCGCAUCUCGGCUGGCGUGCACCCAUCGCCCCUCUGGCUCCCCUGGGUCUUGGACCUCUGGGACACGCUGGACUUUUGGGCCCUGAGAUAACAACACAGACCACUCUCACAUCCUACAUCAUGUUGAAGCUGGUGGUGUUGUGCACUGUGCUGGCCGCGGCCGCCGCCUCCGCGCCCUUCGCGCCCCUCGCCUACACGGCGCCCCUCGCCUACUCGACGGCGCUGCUGACCCCCUUCGGUAGCAACUACAGAGGGCCGCUGUCCCUCGCCCCCGGCCAGCCCGCCAACAUCCUGGCCGCUGACGGCAGGCCCCUCGACACUCUGGACGUGAACCUGGACCGCUCUGCUCACUUCACUGCUAAGGCCCUCAACGGCGGUCUGCACUACCUGAAGAAACGCUCAGCACCCCUGAUCGCACCUUACUCCAGUCUUGCGGUCGCCGCUCCCCUGGCUGCAUACGCCGCACCCCUCGCUUACGCGGCCCCCGUCGUGGCCCCCUCUAACUACAGAGGCCCUCUGUCUCUCGCCCCCGGCCAGCCCGCCAACAUCUUGGCCGCUGACGGUAGGCCCCUUGACACCUUGGACGUGAACUUGGACCGCUCCGCUCACUACACCGCUAAGGCAUUGGAAGGUGGUCUGCACUACCUGAAGAAACGCUCCGCUCCGUUCGCCGCUGUCACCCGCGUCGCCUACACCUCUCCUCUGAUCGCACACAGCGCCCCGCUCGCCUACUCCGCUCCCGUGGUCUCCCAUGUGGCUCCCAUUUCCUACGCUGCUGCACCCGUCGCACACUACGCAGGUGGUCUGCACUUCAUCAAGAAACGCUCCGCUGCGUUCGCACCAAUCACCCGCGUGGCUUACACCGCUCCCCUGAUCGCUCACAGUGCCCCGCUCGCGUACUCUGCUCCUCUGGUCUCCCAUGUGGCGCCUGUGUCCUACGCCGCUGCACCUUUCGCUCACUACACCCACUUUUAAACGAUCUGACGCGACCACCGACUAAAAAUAAACAUUUUAAUGAUUAA